AUGGCGUACAUCGACAGAGGGGUUGUCAAGUCUAAGAAAUCAUUUUGGCGACUAAGCACAAUCACGGAUUUCUUCUGGGCCGCUGUGAUUUUUGUAAUGGAUUUUUUCGGAACACUGUUUUCGCUGGAUAAAUCUGAUGCUUACCGUAAAGGAUUGGGCCGAAGCAAGAAGUGGGAUGGUGGUUACCCGGGAGGUCCCGGAGGAGGCCCAAAUGGUGGGGGCCCACGAAGGGCACCGCGCGGAAUGAACAAUAUCCGGGGAAUUGAUCAUGACGCUACUCCUGUAUGUGGUUCGUGCUGCGGAGGCUGA